GCAGCUUGCCUCGUCCUGCGCCAGACGCGCGGCGUGGAUGCAAGGACAGGAGGGAAGACGCGCGGAGUCUCUGAAGACCACCAACACACGGGAUAUCGUACACGUUUGCCGCCUCCUGGCAGGAGAGGGACGCACACAGUCCUCGUUUCGAGUCGGACGCAUCGAAGCGAGACGGUCGGCCGCGGACCCGAGUCGUCUCUCGAGCGUGGCAGCGAGGUCAUCGGGCUGAGGGUUGGUUUGGCCUUUCUCGGGAUCACUGUUGGACCAGCGCAAGACAUUUGAAGAGCGACCGCUUUAGUCUACAGUUUCACUGUUGAUCGAGCAAACAACCUUCCAAGGAAAUGUACUUUUUGGACAGCAUGCCAUGAAACCACCUGGAACACAAGAGAUGGACAUUUUGAAGACAUUUAACUUGAUUGGAUAGACAGAUUGUUGGGAAAUUAAAGGUGUCAGAAGAGAGCUCAUCUUUAUGUUUAGUUCAAAAGAUCCUGUUAUGUCAUGUGAAACUUUACGCGGAAAUGGGUCAAAGAUGGAAUCCCAAUGAGUGGCCAUGUUACAGUACAAGAAUCUAAAACGGCCUGCAUUCAACUGACCAUCUUUGAUCUAAUGGAUUAAUAUUCACCUCACUGCAACGUGGACAUUAUUCCUCUCUUUUUUUCUUUCUUUUUUUGUUUUUAAUUACAUGUGGACCCACGCUGGACUUUUCUUUUAGUUGUUUGUGUUUCCUAUAAUUGGACAUGGCUCCCUACUGGACAGUUGCCGCUUGGACGUUGCUGGCUGCAUCGACUUUCUUUAUCCGUUGGUGUGAAGCUGCACGGACUAGUGACUCCAGCAGGGGGGAGCAAGGAGCCUCAUCCGUGGAACGAGUGAAGCGGGGAUGGGUGUGGAACCAGUUCUUUGUGGUGGAAGAGUACACCGGCACAGAGCCCCUCUAUGUUGGAAAGAUUCACACGGACUCGGAUGAAGGCGAGGGCGCCAUCAAGUACACCAUCUCCGGAGAAGGGGCGGGCAGCAUCUUCAUCAUCGACGAGCUGACGGGCGACAUCCACGCCAUGGAGAGGCUGGACCGCGAAGAGAAAGCCUUCUACACACUGCGAGCGCAGGCCCGCAAUCGCCUCAGCAACGACCCGCUGGAGCCGGAGUCCGAGUUUGUCAUCAAGGUCCAAGACAUCAACGACAGCGAGCCCAAGUUCUCGGAGGGACCGUACAUCGGCAGUGUGGCCGAACUGUCUCCUAUAGGAACGUCUGUUCUCAAGAUCACAGCGUCCGACGCUGACGACCCGUCGUAUGGCAGCAGUGCCAGAGUGGUCUACAGCGUCCUGGAUGGAGAAAAGUUCUUCACUGUGGGCAGGCACACAGGGAUCAUAAUGACGGCCGUGGCAGAUCUGGACCGCGAGACGCAGGAUCGUUACGAGCUGGUCGUCAAGGCGACCGACAUGGCAGGGCAAAUGGGUGGUCUCUCCGGGUCCACCACGGUGACCAUAGUGAUCACAGACGUUAAUGACAACCCGCCACGCUUCCCGCAGAAGAUGUACCAGUUCACGGUGUCAGAAGGCGCUGCCAUCGGCACCCCAGUGGGGCGUGUCAUUGCUACUGAUGCAGACAUGGGGGAGAACACAGACAUGAGGUACCUGAUCCAGGAAGGAGGUGAGCUCUUCAGGGUGACCACGGACGCCACCACCCAAGAAGCCGUCGUCUCCAUCAAGAAGCUGUUGGAUUUUGAGAGCAAACGCACACACAAUGUCGUGGUCGAGGCCGUGAAUAAGCACUUGGAUCCUCGCUUCGUGGAUCUGGGCUCCUUCCGGGAUCAGACCAUAGUCCGCGUCAGCGUGUCGGACGUGGACGAACCGCCGCUCUUUCAGCCUGCCGACGGCACCGUCAUGGAGGUGCAGGAGGAUGCCAAAGUGGGAGCGCUGGUUGGCGUAGUCACCGCCCGAGACCCCGACGUGAAGAAUAAACCUGUCAGGUUCUCCAUCGAUCACAGCACCGACUGGGACAUGAUCUUUCAGAUUGACCCCGACUCGGGUGCCAUCACGCUGGAGAAACUUUUGGACCGCGAGGCAGCCGGCUGGCACAACAUCACCGUCAAGGCCGUGGAAGCCGAUAACCACACCAUGGCGUCGCACUCGGCGGUGAGCAUUCGGAUCCUGGACGUCAACGACAAUCCUCCUGAGCUGGCCUCCCCCUACGAAGUCUUCAUAUGUGAAGAUGCAAUGCCGGGCCAGAUAAUUCACACCGUCAGUGUGGUGGACAAAGACGAGCCGCAGACCGGACAUCACUUUUACUUCACGCUGGCUCCGGAAGCCUCUGGCAAUCGACACUUUGACCUUUGGGAUGUCCAAGACACCACCGCCGGUAUCCGGACGCAGCGGUCAGGCUUCAACCGGCACGAGCAGAACGUCUACUUCCUGCCCAUCCUGGUGGGUGACAGCGGCCCCCCCUCGCUCAGCUCCACGGGCACCCUGACCAUUCACAUCUGCGGCUGUGACACAGCUGGAACCAUCCAGUCCUGCAACGCUACGGCCUAUGUGAUGAGUGCAGCUCUCAGCCCCGGGGCACUUAUCGCGCUGCUGGUGUGCAUGCUCAUCCUCAUCGUCCUCGUCUUGCUCAUCCUGACUCUCAAACGCCACCGGAAAGGCCAGCGGAUGGCUGAGGACGAGGAGGACAUGCGGGACAACGUCAUCAAGUACAAUGACGAGGGCGGCGGUGAACAGGACACUCAGGCCUACGACAUGAGCGCCCUCAGGAACCUCUACGACUUCCCCGAGUCCAAGAGCGCCGCCGACUCAGUCCCGGAAAUCCACACGCUGCCGCAGUGGUUUCAGGCCAACCGUUUAGCGGGCGGGGCGGCGGAAUCGUGCUCGGCCGCUGACUUCUCGCUCUUCAAAGGUUACAUCCGCAAAAAGGUGGAGCAGGCCGACGCUGAUCUGUCGGUGCCGCCGUAUGACUCGUUCCAGACGUACGCCUUUGAGGGCACGAGCUCGCCCGCCCUGUCGCUCAGCUCCAUCCACACACUGUCCACCACGUCCGAUCAGGAUUUCUCUUACCUCAGUGACUGGGGGCCGCGAUUCCGGCAGCUGGCGGGGUACUACGCGCCGGGAAAACCCGAUGAGGACGGGUCCUAGCAGAGCGUCCCGUCCUGCCGAGAGACUUCUUCUUUAUUCUCCUCUUUCUUUAUCCAGUGUUUUUCCAAACCACGGAAAGACCUCCUUAUCUCACUUGGUGUCUCUGACCCGGUUUUAGCUAUCCUGAGGGACUUUAUUUGGGAAUUGAGUGUGACAGGCGUGAGAGAAAAGAGAUGUCAGCUUCACGGAAUUGCCGUUUUGCAAACGAAAGGAGAAAGCAGCAGGAAAUAUUCCUGUAAAUCUUUGAAAGCAGCAGGAACAUCUGUGUCUCGCGCUAUGUGGAUAAAAGUAGUGGGACACACAUUUUCUUCAAUGAGUUUAUCAAUUACGAGUCAGACAUUUAAGAAGAAAAAAAAAAUCGUGUCCCAAUAUUUUUUUUUUUUUUUUGUUGUCACACUGGAUGCCACAGAAAGACAACCCUUCAAAAAACCGAUAUUUUUUCGAGGGUCGUUGAUAUUUAUCUAUUUAUUUUCUUUUGUAUUUAUUUAUUUACACAGACUAAAUGGAAUUUGGUACCAGAAGGGAAAUACAAAUACAAAAAAAAAGACAAGAAAUGAAGGUCAUGUGUAACUUUGGACUAUAUUUGAAUUUUCUUUUUUUUUUCUAUGAACUCUUUUGUGAAAAACAUAAUGCGAGAUGGACGGUUUGUAAAAAAAAAAAAAAAAGAAAACAAGGAAGAGAACAUUUCUUUGCCUACUUGUGUUUUGGGGAUGGGGGUGCAAAACAAUUUUUAAGUAGAAUUUUUUUGUCGCUGUUCUUUCAGUUGACAAAGCUAAUUUGAAACGCAAAUAUUGCAAACAUUUGAAUUACAAAUUUGAUGUUCUAUUAUUUUGUUCGUGUGUUUUAAAAAAAAAAAAAAGAGUUAAUAUUGUAUCAUGAAAUGUUUACUUUGCACUUCAUUUUAUGUACAUGAAGAGGCAGCGGUUUAAAGGUACGAUGAGUAACUGGUGACAUCCUUCUUCUACCUACAACCUGUAAUUCAUGUUGACCUCAAUGUAUGAAAAACUGAUCAAAAGA